AUGUCUGGAGAGCAAGAAAUAACCGCAAGUGUUGAUCGGUCUUGUCUACAUCCGAGUGGAAAGUACAUGGUCUACCGGUUGGUCACUCUAAUUCCCUCAAAGGGUGAUAAUGGGAAAAGUAUUACAUACAAACGCUUUAGUGAUUUUAUUACUUUGCAUCGAAAUCUUUUACGAAUUCAUAAAUCCUUCGACGGUCAGCAGCGUUUUCCAACUUUAUCGAAAUAUGAUCGCUUCAAUCGCUUCAGUCCUCGUUUGAUAGAAGAACGACGCCAGGCUUUGGACACCUUUGUCAAAUUUAUUGCCAGGAAUGAACAUCUUUAUUGCCACACGUACUUCACCCGUUUUGUUGCGGCUGGUUUUUCAAACGAUGCUUCAACUCGUGAUUAUAAAAUCGUUGUCCAAUUCAAUCGAGGUUUUUCAAAUCCUCAAUCCUAUCCUUCAUCACCUACUUUCAGUCGUUCAGAUUCAAUCGCCUCAUUUAGUGCUAUAUCGGGUGGGACAUCAAUUCCAACUCGGAGAGUCGAACCGCUGUUGGAAGAACCAUUUGAUUCACCUGUUUCCAGUGAUAUAGAUAGUGAGUACGAAGGGGAUACACUGCCGCUUGUUUGGAUGCAUGCCGAAGCCCAAAAUUCCAAGAUUGUACAAGACAUCAUUUCAGCACGAAGGUUUAUAGUCAGACGAAAUUGGUGUGAUGCCUACAAAAGCUACAAAGACGCUAUAUCCAAUCUUCUUAUGAAGAUAAAUUCAAAUCCAUCUGAUACAGAGGAAUAUCGGUGCUUACUUUCUGUUUGUCUUUCAAAGUUGGAGUAUAUUUAUCGCGAGCAUUUGGGAAACAGUGUGACAACGAGUAAUGGGUGGAAGAAGGAGGAGAAGGAAAAAACAUCCUGUCCAAGUUGGGUGGAACCCCCUAAUUUGGCCUCCUUGUGUCAAGAUACUGCUUUGUCGAAGCUCUUUGGGACAGUUGAAGAAUUGUCUCGGUUUAAAGUCUGUGGAAUUGUUGGCAAGGAUUUGAUCGUCUGUAACAAUGUGGAUACCUCGAUAAAAUUCACUCUAAAGGUAAUCUUGCUAAUUAAUUCAAAGAAAAAUCAGUUUUAUUUAAAAUAUCUUAAAAUUCGAAAUACUCUGAAUACUUAA